CRAGACCAUGCCUGAAUGGGGAAGUGUGUCUAUUGUGUGGAAGAAGAGAUGGGCGUGGGCCAGACCCACCCCACCCCMCCAUCCCCUCAUUUAAUAUUCAGCUCUUACUAUAAGCGGGGGGAUGCUGAGCAUGAGCCGGCAGGGUUUGAUUGUACGAUUGAGCAGGAAAUCKGUGUCGGUGUUGAACUGGGAGACUUAAAAGCAACUUUACUCCACAACAAGGUAGAGUGGCGUGCAGGUGGUCAGCAGACAGCCAUGGAUACCACCACCUCCAUGAAGACGACCUCUCUAGCUGUCCAGAGUCUGUUCAGCUAUGUGGAGGAUGAUGACCUGGCUGCUGUCAAGGCACAUUUGGACAAGUUCCGAGAUGUGGACUGCAGGAGCGAUAAUGGACAGACUCCACUGAUGGUGGCUGCAGAGAUGGGCAGUCUGGAAAUCGUACAAGAACUCAUCAGGAGAGGAGCUUGUGUUAACCUGGAUGAUGUUGACUGCUGGACAGCGCUGGUCUCGGCAGCGAAGGAGGGACACAUUGAGGUGGUGAGGGAGUUACUGGAGAACAAUGCUAACUUGGAGCACAGAGACAUGGGAGGAUGGACUGCUCUCAUGUGGGCGGCCUACAAAAAUCGCACAGAUGUGGCCCAGCUGCUCUUAGAAAAAGGAGCCAAUCCUAACAUCACUGGACAGUACAGCGUCUACCCCAUUAUCUGGGCGGCAGGUCGAGGCCAUGCGGAGAUUGUCCAUCUACUGCUGCAGUACGGAGCCAAGGUCAACUGCUCGGACAAGUAUGGGACCACUCCUUUGAUCUGGGCAGCCAGGAAGGGUCACUAUGACAGCGUGAUGCACCUUUUGGCCAAUGGAGCUGAUGUGGAUCAGGAAGGAGCUAACUCMAUGACAGCUCUGAUUGUAGCUGUGAAAGGCGGCUACACAAAAGUUGUGAAAGAGCUGCUGAAGCGGAACCCAAACGUGAACAUGACGGACAAGGACGGAAACACAGCCCUCGCCAUCGCUGCCAAAGAGGGCCACACAGAGAUUGUGCAGGACCUACUCGAUGCUGGCACCUAUGUUAAUAUUCCAGACAGGAGUGGAGAGACUGUGCUGAUUGGGGCAGUGAGAGGAGGCCAUGUGGAGAUAGUUCGAGCUUUGCUGAACAAAUAUGCUGAUGUUGAUGUUAAAGGCCAGGAUGGAAAGACUGCCCUCUACUGGGGAGUGGAGAAAGGAAAUGCACUGAUGGUGAGAGACAUCCUACAGUGUAACCCAGACACAGAGAGCUGCACUAAGGACGGAGAGACCCCACUUAUAAAAGCCACAAAAAUGAGGAACAUAGAGAUUGUGGAGCUGUUGCUGGAUAAAGGAGCCAAAGUAGCUGCCGUAGACAGGAAAGGAGAUACUCCGCUCCAUAUCGCCAUUCGCGGACGAAGCCGAAAGCUGGCCGAGCUGCUGCUGAGGAACCCCAAAGAUGGCCGCUUGUUGUACCGCCCCAACAAAGCCGGAGAAACUCCUUACAAUAUUGACUGCACCCACCAGAAAAGCAUCCUGACGCAGAUAUUUGGAGCCAAGCACCUGUCCCCAACUGAAUCAGAUGGAGACAUGCUGGGCUAUGACCUGUAUAGCAGCGCUCUAGCUGAUAUUCUUAGUGAACCCACCAUGCAGCCGCCUAUCUGUGUCGGCCUGUAUGCUCAGUGGGGGAGCGGCAAGUCGUUCCUUCUUAAAAAACUCGAAGAUGAGAUGAAGACAUUUGCAGGUCAGCAGAUAGAGCCGCUGUUCGAGUUCUCCUGGCUGGUGGUCUUCCUCACCCUGCUGCUCUGUGGCUCGGUGGCCGUCGUUCUGGGUUUUACUGUGAAUCCCAAGUUAGCAAUUGCUGUGUCCCUUAGYCUUCUUGCUCUGCUCUACAUUUUUUUUGUGUUGGUGUACUUUGGAAGUCGGCGUGAGAGGGAGAACUGGAACUGGGCGUGGGUCAUCAGCACMCGCCUGGCCCGUCAGAUCGGUUAUCUAGAGCUGCUGCUUAGACUGAUGUUUGUAAACCCCCUUGAGCUUCCUGAGCAGACCACUCGAGCCCUGCCCGUCAGGUUCUUGUUCACGGAUUAUAACCGCCUGUCCAGUGUUGGAGGAGAGACUUCUUUGGCUGAAAUGAUUGCCACGCUGUCAGAUGCCUGUGAGAGAGAGUUUGGCUUCCUGGCCUCCAGACUGUUCAGAGUGUUCAUGAACGACGAGAUCAAGGGUCAAAAAUGGAAGAAAACAUGUUGUGUUCCUUCCUUUGUGCUGUUUUCCUUGACUCUUGCCUGCCUGAUUACUGGUGUGGCACUGUUGGCCAUCUUUAAGGUGGACCCUAGGAAUCUGACAGUAAACGCAGUGCUGAUAGCCAUGGCCAGUGUGGUGGGCCUGGCCCUGCUGCUGAACUGUAAGACCUGGUGGCACGUGGCUGAUUCUGUUCUGAACUCCCAGAGGAAACGCCUGCACAGUGCUGCCAACAACCUGCAUAAGCUCAAAAGUGAAGGGUUUAUGAAGGUCCUGAAGCAUGAAGUUGAGCUGAUGUCAAAAAUGGCCAAAACUAUUGAUGGCUUUACCCAGAACCAGACUCGCAUGGCUGUCAUCAUCGAUGGGUUAGAUGCUUGUGAGCAGGACAAAGUGCUGCAGAUGCUGGACACGGUGCGAGUCCUCUUCUCCAAGGGUCCUUUUAUCUCCAUUUUUGCCAGCGACCCCCACAUUAUAAUUAAAGCAAUCAAUCAAAACCUCAACAGUGUGCUUAGAGACUCGAACAUCAAUGGCCACGACUACAUGAGAAACAUUGUCCACCUGCCAGUAUUCCUCAACAGCAGAGGACUCAGCCGAGCCAAAAAGCUUUGCAUGGCAGCCUCCACCAAUGGAGAGGCUCUACCCGCUGAGGGAUGGCUUGAAGACACGGACAGGAAGGUAUCUCAGAACAGUCUGUCUCAAGAGCAGGGCAAGCAUGGCAGCAAGAGCACUCUGAACCGAAGGGACACAUACCGUCGUCGUCAGAUGCAGAGGACCAUCACCAGACAAAUGUCCUUCGACCUGACCAAGCUGCUGGUGACAGAGGACUGGUUCUGUGAUAUCAGCCCACAGACCAUGAGGAGGCUGCUUAACAUUGUUUCUAUCACAGGCCGUCUUUUGCGAGCCAAUCAGAUCAUCUUUAACUGGGAUCGUCUGGCGUCAUGGAUCCACCUGACAGAGGAGUGGCCAUACAGGACAUCCUGGAUCAUCCUCUUCUUGGAAGAAGCUGAUGGAGUGUCAGAUCAGGUCACUCUCAAGGCAGUCUAUGAGAGAAUCUCCAAAAAUAUCCCCACCACAAAGGACAUAGAGCCCCUGCUGGAGAUUGAUGGGGACAUCCGUAGCUUUGAGGUAUUCCUCUCAUCCAGGACACCGGUUCUUAAUGCCAGAGACGUGGAAAUGUUUCUGCCCUGCACUGUCAACCUGGACCCCAAACUGCGGGAGAUCAUAGCAGAUGUGCGUGCAGCCAGGGAGCAGAUCAACAUGGGAGGAGUGACCUAUCCCACGCUGCCCCUGCAAGAGGCACUGCCCCGUCCCCAGUCAGGGUACGGCCAGCACUCUGCCGUCUGCUCUCCGACGGGCUCCUUUGCCGGGUCCUUGCCUCCUCAGCCCCACAGCUCCUACUUCAGCGGAAUGACUGGCCCUCAGCACCCUUUCUACAAUCGG